AUGAAAUUCACGUCAACGGAAUUUCAUUUUGGUCUUCAAAUUGUUUUAUUAUGUUGUUUUUGGUAUUUUGUUAGUUCUGCUGCCUCUAUUAUUAAUAAAAUUACGUUGCAGGUAUUAAUGCAUAUUUCGCAUGUUAGAUCAUCUUCUAUACCUUUUUAUUAUAUGGUGCGAUUUGUUUUACCGAGUGCUGUUGGAAAAGCUAUCGCUGUUGCUAGUGGUUUUUUUAGUUUAUAUAAAAUACCUGUUUCAUAUCUUAAUACUGUAAAAGCAACGCUUCCUUUUUUUGCUGUUUUUUCUGCUCGUGUUGUACUUCAUGAAAAGCAAACACGAGCGGUUUACUUGUCAUUAAUCCCAAUUAUAAUUGGAGUAUUUAUUGCAUCUCUAACAGAAGUUUCUUUCAAUAUGUCAGGUCUUAUUAGUGCACUUAUUUCAACUGCUUUAUAUGCAUUGCUUAAUGUUUAUGUCAAAAGGGUUUUGUUAGCGACUGAUGUUCAUCCAUUAACGUUGUUGGUUAUAAAUUCACAGAUUGCUACAGUUGUUUUCUUUCCAUUUUGGUGUAUAUAUGAUGGAUUCGCAAUCUGGAAUGAUUUUCAUUCGUCGUCUGGAACGGAAUACUCUACAUCAUUGCCUGAUGUUAAUUUUGUUUUAUUGUUGAUGCUUUCUAGUUUAUUCUCAUUCUUCCAAAAUUUAUGUGCAUUUUUUUUAAUGCAUAAACUUACGGCAGUAUCGUAUGCUGUAGCCAAUACAACGAAGCGUAUCAGUGUUAUAGGCAUUUCGCUUCUUACUUUGCGCAAUCCUGUUACUAUACUAAAUUUUUUUGGCAUGACGCUUGCAGUUGGUGGUAUUUAUCUAUAUAAUCAGGCUAAGCAAUCUCAGAAGCUGUCUUCACAAGGACUUCCUUUAUCUGUCGGUGAUUUCGCCAUGUCAAGUGCUUCCCUGGCUGAUUUGCCAAAUAAACCUUUGUCAGUAGAAAGAAAUUUUGAUAGAUCGGAUAAGUUAUCAUUUUUGGAGUUGUCUGAGAAAUCUUUAGCUGUAAAUGGGCUUUCUUUUGAUAAGAAAGAUAACUUAAUUCGGAACCAUGUCCGAUUAAUCACUUAA